UUCUGUGCAUGGAAUAACGCCAACUAUUUAAUUAUAAGCCAUGGAGAAACUACAAUUUUUUGCAACCCUUGCAAUCUGCACGUUCUUCCUCGCUGCGAUUCAAACUGCGUCCGGACAACAAGCCCAAUUUCUAUCGUUCUGGAAUACAGCGAGUUGCUUUGGAACCGCUUUCGCCAAUACGACCAAUUCCACGACAAGCAUCACCGUCCCUGUUAACUCAACAACUUUGUCUUAUCGAGCUAAUGGCUUAUGGGAGAUCCAGUUUUGCAAUACUUCUACAAGUUGUCACACCCGCUUUAUUCAGGCGGGCAAUGGAGCCACUUGCAUAACGGACUUGGUCCGGGUAAACUAUACCAGAAUUCAUGUCCACCGUUACGGGGAUCUCGACCAAAAUGAGGCCAGGAUCACAUUUUUUGAAAGGACCCUUUUCACCGGGCCAUCCUACUCGGCUACUUUUGGUACCCCGUUAGACACCACAGCACGCCUGGCGGGGUCCUACUUCUUCACCGGAGUGAAUUCAUGGCAGCAUAAACCCGGACAAAACUCGGUGGGAGGAGUUUGUCUAAAUUCCUCGGUGGAAGUGAAUCAACGCGGGUAUGGAUUCACGUACAGUCUUGGCAUCAACGCGCAGGUGGGGUGGGUGCGGCAUGGGUGUAACACGACGCAACCGCCGCUGACGACUAGCACCUUAAGAACGACGCAACGUCCAACCACCACCUUAAGGCCGACUCCUACAACACCUACGAAUAAUACGGUGAGGACGACGCAAACGAACGGCGCCGGAAAGCUGGACAAUUUUGCAGUUAUGUCCCUCAUUUUAAUGUUUAUGGCCAUGUCAUUUCGGUGAAAGAAGAAUAAAAAAAAAUUUGAAACAAGUAAUAAAUUUCAAAAUGAUUUUAAAACGG